CCUCAACUUGCAGGGCUAUUUUGAAACAGGCCAGUACUUAACUGCGAAUUCCCAAAGGCAGAGGUUUUCAUGGAUCAGUGGCGAAUAAUUCUGGGCCACUGAUCACUGAACUUUUCCACUGUGCUCAUUUACCGGUUUAGUUUUUCAAACCAAUACAGAACCGCGAAGGUUUGGAAAGUGUCAACAAUCAUAUUAGCCGUGGUGUGAACGCGACUUCGAGAGCUUCAUCUGUGUCCUUUGCACAAAAGGGAAAGGACUUUGUGAAUUCUGAAAUCCAAGUAAUUAUUUCUAAUCAUAAGGUUAUCAGAAUCAGAAGUACUACAUCGUUUCAAGUUAAUGAAAAUGUGCUAUCGGCAAAAGGGGCCCAAAUCAUGUGCAAAUCAUGAGACUCGUCUCGUGCAUUAUUGGUGACCGCUGGGUAUGCACAUUCCAGAGAGAUUUAACUGAUGACUUUACACGUGUCCUCACUUUGAAAGAGACUGAAAGUACGAGCGAAGACAUUUCGCAGUCGUUAAGUGUAUGUCAGAUGCAUUGCCACACAAUGUGUGCAUCUCUCUGGCUGUGGGUGAUUUUGGGAGGUUUCCAGCUAGUUGCCUCUCAGUUUCCCCGUGCGUGUGCCACGGUACCUGCUUUGCAAUCCAAACAAUGCUGCCCUUCCCACGGCUCCGAUUCGGCGGUGCUCUGCGGGGCUGAAUCCAAUCGGGGCAUAUGCGCUGAUGUGCAGGUCAUCAACAAACCCUGGAGUGGCCCUUAUAACUUGCGAAACGUGGACGAUCGAGAGAGGUGGCCGCUCAAAUUCUUUAAUCGGACCUGCAGAUGUACCGGAAAUUAUGCCGGAUACAACUGCGGAGGGUGCAAAUUUGGAUGGGCUGGUUUGAACUGUAACCUGAGAAAACCACCAGUGAUCAGAAAAAAUAUUCUUUCAUUAACCCCAACGGAGCAGGAGCAGUUCUUGGAUGCUUUAGAUAAAGCUAAAACGACAAUCCAUCCAGAUUAUGUCAUUGCAACCCAACACUGGCUGAGUUUGCUGGGGCCAAAUGGAACUCAGCCACAAGUUGCAAACAUAUCAAUAUAUAAUUAUUUUGUGUGGCUUCAUUACUAUUCUACAAGAGACACACUACUAGGACCUGGUCGACCAUUUAAAGGUAUUGAUUUUUCACAUCGAGGUCCAUCUUUCCUUACUUGGCAUCGAUACCAUUUGAUGUUACUGGAGAGAGAUUUACAAGAACUCAUAGGAAAUGAAUCAUUUGCACUUCCAUACUGGAAUUUUGCCACAGGAAAUAAGGAUUGCGAUGUGUGUACAGAUUCUUUGUUGGGAUCCCAACGUCUUGAUGAACAGUCAUUAAUAAAUCAGAGCUCUAGGUUCUCGCGAUGGGAGAUUGUAUGCGACAGCUUGGAUGAUUAUAAUCGCUUUGUUACUCUUUGUAAUGGAACAAAUGAGGGUCCGAUCAGGAGAGGGUUCAUGGAAAUGACCAAUGUUCAGUUACCAACCAUGGAGGAUAUCUACCAUUGUUUAUCUGUGAAAGACUUUGAUUCUCCACCUUAUUUCCAGAAUUCUAACUUCAGCUUCAGAAAUUCGCUUGAGGGGUUUGCUGCACCAGAUGGGGAAACCAAAUCUAAUGAGUUUCAGAGUCUUCAUAACCUGGUUCAUUAUUUUUUAAAUGGAACAAAUGCACUUGCGCACUCUGCAGCAAAUGAUCCACUUUUUGUGGUGCUUCAUACCUUUACGGAUGCUAUUUUUGAUGAGUGGAUGAAACAAAACAGUCCCUCCGUCAGUGUGUGGCCUGAAGAGAUGGCACCUAUUGGCCACAACAGGCAAUUUAACAUGGUGCCGUUUUACCCAUCUAUGACUAAUGAGGAGCUCUUUGUACUUUCCAGUGAGCUUGGAUAUUCAUAUGAAAUUGAGUUAUCAGAACCUCAAACUUCCUUGAGUACAAUACUUGGUGUGACCUUCAGUGGAAUCUUCGUGGGUCUUGUCUUUUUGACUGUCAUGCUGAUAAUAAUUCCACGCCAAAGAAGAAAUCGAGGUUUUGAAUACUUGUUGAAUUCAAAGUUUUCCAACAAAAUGUAUACUGAAGAAAUUUAGCUCAUGCUUGAUAUAACUAUUAUUGCCAUAAUUAUGUUACUUCAAGGGUGAUUUAAAUGUAUUACAUCAAAGCAUGACCAAUAAUGUUUUAGACAUUUCAAUUUAUCUGCUUGUAGUGCUAUGAUUGAACUGACAAAUUAGCUUCUUAUUGCCUGUGUACUCAGAUUAAAAUUAGAUUCAAUUAAUUUGAAUGUUCCAAAAUAAUGAUAAAAUCAUCGCAUGAAAUUGUUUCAUCUUCUACAGCAAUUACAUUUAUAUUCCAUAUGUACUUGAUUUAUAUGAUCUGCCAUCAAUGAUAAUAUAUUCUUAGACAUUUUGGAUAUCACUGCUGGAAUUUGUGGGAUUUUUUUUCUUUUAUUUACUGAUCUGUAAAUCGCUUGGAUCUUUCAUUUUUGAAGUGCUUUCAAAUUGAAAAUGUUGAUUCAAUAUGGUGGAAAUGUUACAUUUUAUUUCCAAUUCAUGAUCUAUAUUUUAAAAUAAACAAUCUAUAGUUAUUAUCCCUCAACUAUUCUGCUGAUUGGCUGGAUGUUUUAUCUGAUGGCCUGUUCUGGAAUAUUCCAAAAAUGUUUCUUUGAAUGUUUGUUUGUCACGAGUUUCCUCCCAUAUUUCCAGUCACAAGGUCUACAAUGUAACUUGAAUGAUUUCUAUUGCUUUUAAUUUACUAUGUUACCAUAUUUCUUAACAACAUAGAAGAAGACCUAUAAAAACUAUUUUUACCACAUUCCCAUCAAUCAUUUCUAUGUUCUAGCACUCAACUGUACACCAGUGGACAAUAUACAGCAACCAACCAAAAUGCAAGUCUGGGAGUGAGAGGAAACUCGCAGAAGUCCCAGAGAGAAUAUGAG